GAGAUGGAAAGAGAAGAGUGGAGUUAAGAUUAGGUGGCUUCAAGGUGUACCUUCCAACCAAGCACCUUCCUCCUUCAAAACAAAAUUAAGCUCUACAACAACCCAAAAACCAAAACAAAAAAAACAAAGAAAAAAAAACCAAUUUUGCCUCCCAUAAAUGCCCCUCUGCAACAUCCCCCCCACCUUCCCUUUCCUUCCCUUCCCUUCCCCCAAAAUGAAAAUCUACUCCUACAUGGCCUCCACAUCCACCACCAAAAGAGAGAGAGAAAAAAAAAGGGAAAAGGAAAGGAAAAAAUUACCCAUCUCAUGUUUUCUACAAUCCCCCAAUUUAUGUUUGGGGGGUGUGUUUGUUUUCUUUUUUGUCUUGGUCAUACCUUCCAUAGGAGAGAGAGAGAGAGAGAGAGAGAGAGAGAGAAGCCAAAGGAACCAACUUUCCCUUUCCCUCUCCACAAACCAACCCAUUAUCUCUCUCUCUCUCUAUAUCUCUGUUCAUACUUAUCCUUUUAUGACCUCUUCUUGGGCAUCUUCAUCAUCAUCAUCAUCAUCAUCUUCUUCUUCUUGUUCUUGUUGUGGGUUUUUGCUUUGAGGAGGAGGUGGGGGGGAGGGGAGGAUGAUGAAGAGGGUGGCGAGAAGGGUUUCCAUGGAGUCCUUCCCAUCAUCUUCUUCUUACCCAGUUGGGGAGGAUGUGAGAGAAAGGUUUAAGUUUCAGGGCCUUUUACAGGACUACGAGGAGUUGGUAAAGGAAGCUGAAGCAAAAAAGAAGAAACUUCAGAAGACAAAGCAGAAGAAACUCAGGCUCUUGGCUGAAAUCAAAUUCUUGCGAAGAAAAUACAAGUCAUUGAUUGAGAAUCGAUCUCAACGAGCACAAUUCAAAAUCAAGAAGCAGCCUCACAUGAUCCCGUGCUCUCCGGUUGCUAUUCCUCGACCGCCUCAUCCAACUGUUCGCGGUGAUCUUUCUUUAGAAGAUAAGAGUAGAAGAGGAAGGGGCGGUGCAUCAACGAGCACUACUGCAAUGUUUGAUUUGAAUCAAGUAUCUUCGAUGAAUGACGAGGAAAUGGGCUGUCAAGUGGAUGGGGCGCCGUUGAAAGUUGACAACUCGGAGAGGUGUACGGUUGAUGGAGAUGCGGCUGCUAGCAAUCUUAAGUUGUCGAUAUGUAGAGAUGUAGGGAAAAACCCGAGCAGAAUCGGUAAGAGGAAGAUUUCGUGGCAAGAUCAGGUAGCUUUAAAGGUUUAGUUCUCGGUUAUGUGGUAUGUGGAUGAGAUGCUUCUCUUUUCUUGUGCGCUCCGUCCUCCACCAACAUUGAAACCUCUGGUGUUUUCUGUUUUACAGUGUUGAUUUAUAGGCGUUCGGUAGCGGGUCUAGUCAAAGAUGUUCGUAUAUUUGUUAUACAGAUGGCGAUAAAUAGAUUUAAAUUAAAUACAUUUUGCAUCAUUUAAUUGUAGAUGAAAUCUCUCUCUGUUAGUGCAUACUUUAAAAUGUAGUGAUUCUCCUGCGCAUUAGCAUUUUUUAGAAAUAUCGUCACGAUCGACUGUGUUAUAUGGGUAAAAAUGUAGAAAGAUCAAACAAUGGAGUGAUUCGCUUUCA